CUCUCGUUCAAAUUAUUGUCAAUCAAUGUUUGACAACUUUAUAGGUAUUUUUGACAAUGUUUACACACGAAGUUUACAAAUGGUGAAUACUUUUACUAAAUUCUUAAGAUGGUGACUGCAAUCACGCACAAAGACGUGCUAGAAUCGAGGCUCGACUUCGCUGGUGACAAGCUGGUAGUGAUAGAAUUCUAUGCUCAUUGGUGUGGUCCCUGCAAGGUGGUGGCCCCAAAAUUUGCCGAAUUCGCCCACGAGUUCCCGAUGUUAGUACUACUAAAAGUAGACGUGGAUGAAUGUGAAGAUAUUGCCUUGAAGUACAACAUUACUUCAAUGCCAACGUACGUUUUCAUCAGAUAUAAGAAAGUUGUCACGACAUUCAGUGGAGCGAGCGCAGAGAGACUGAAGCGUCUCACUGAGACGCUUAUCAAUAAACUGGGCCUGUAAGGUUGUGUAAACUGUAUUAGAGUAUACUCGUAUGUGAUUUACCACCACGAAUGCUUUUUAUUUCAAUUUAUUGGGAAAAUACUUAUUUGAGAUAUGUAGACUGAAACAAAACUUACUUAAAUCCCCA